AUGAAGCCCUCGGAUCAUGGGCCUCUUCUCCGUCGCAAGUCUUCGACUCCUCACUACCAGACAUUUGGCGGCAUCUCACCUCCCAAGUCUCGAGGGCGACCGCUGUCCGAUUCUUCCAACUCUUCCAGCCACGACCUGCACAAUGGACAAGACAGCAACCACCACCACAACACGCCGCUGCCAAAGAAACAGAUGGCUAUCUUGGCCGUUAUAGCUCUGUGCGAGCAGACAGCACUCAAUUCUAUCAGCCCCUACUUGCCUGCGAUGGCCUCGACGUUCCCCGAAGUGAAACCAGGACAGGUGGGCGUGUACGUGGGGUUGAUAGCUUCUGCCUUCGCGCUCGCGCAGCUGGCGACAAACUUCUUUUGGGGAUGGCUGUCCGAUCACAUUGGAAGAAAACCGGUGAUAUUGAUGGGCACAAUAUUUACGGCGGCUUGUUUCGUGGCGUUUGGGUUUGUGAAGACACUGCCACAAGCCAUUGCGGUUCAAGCAUUGAUGGGGCUGUUGAAUGGGAACCAAGGUGUUGUCUCUACCUGCCUUGGUGAGAUCACCGACCGAAGCAAUCAAUCCCGCGCUUUCACCUAUCUCCCUGUCAUCUAUGGUCUUGGAGGUAUCACCGGCCCCGUCAUCGGUGGUGUGUUGGUGUUUCCCAAGAAUCCUUUCGACCAUUCAAAGCCGAACCCGUACCCUUACCUUACACCGAACCUCCUUUCCGCAGCAAUCCUCUUGAUAGACUUCGUUCUUACGUCUAUUUUCCUGGAGGAGAGCUUGGAAGAGGCACAGUAUCUCCAACCUCUAGGGUCCAGAGUACGGAACAUCUUUACAUGGCUUUGGCAAUUCACCUCUUCCAGCAGACCUCAUUACCUGCGACGAAAGGGAAAGAGCCAUCAAAGUCCAACCCACGAAAAUGGGCUUGCCGAGGUUUCGGACGACGAAGAUACGGAUGGCGGCGUGGAAAACCCAGGAUUCUUCCCCGCUUCGGACGAAUUGAAGAGGAAAGACGUGCUCAACCGAGACACCAUUCUUCUCCUUGUGACAUACCUCAUUUUCCAACUAUCCAACAUUUCUUUCAACUCACUAUAUCCCAUUUUCGCUCAAGCAUCACCACCCACCGGCCGAAACCUCGACCCAGAAGAGAUCGGCCUGUCGCUCGCCUUUGCCGGAGUGGUGACCAUUCUUUUCCAGAUCGGUAUUUUCGGAAAGUUACGGGAUAUGAUGGGGAACAGAUGGGCUUACAGAACUGGUUUGGCUGGGUUUGUGAUUGCCUACGUCUUGAUGCCUUGGGUCGGAUACAAAGACGACGCCGAUGGAAAUGUGGGUACACGUGGUGCGGCAUGGCUAUGGCUAGAGAUUUGCGUUGUGCUUCUUAUCAAGACUGUCGCGGCGGUUGGUGGUCUGACUAGCGCUCUGCUGUUGAUCACUAAUUCGGCUCCUAAUCACUCUGUUCUGGGAACCCUUAAUGGCCUUGCGCAGACUCUGUCGGCCGCAGGUCGAGCGGUUGGCCCCUUCGUUUCUGGUGGUCUCUUCUCACUGGCCACUCGAGUCCACCCCAAAGGAGAAGCCCUUGCUUUCGGUAUCUUUGGUGGUGUCUCAUUCAUCGGUUUCCUGCUAAGCUUCGGCAUUCGAUCACCCAGCUUGGAAGCCGAGGGGUGGGAUUCGGAGAACGGAGAUGAAGAAAACGAUGACGGUUCUGACAAAUCGGAAGAUGAUGACGAUGAUUGA